AGCCCAGGUCCUCUCUUAAGGGCUUUCACUUUUACUCUGUAAGUUUCAGGUGUAACUUGAAAUUGUUUUAAAACCAAACCCUUGCAUUUAUUAUAGUUCGAAGCCUCCUCAAUCGGCAUCUUAUUGAAUAUGUCCAGAGCUCUUCCAGGCAAUUUUGCGGCCGAUCUGGUCAUCUUGUGAGCUUCAGGGAUUUGAUGGAGUGUGCACAGUCUCUCAAAGAGACCCUCAGUGCCCAGCUGGAGGAGGAGGAGGAGGAGGAUGUGUCCCCUGAACAAGACACCAUCAGGGUCAUCCAGCAGCACCUCCAGGGCAGAGCUGAGUGGGUGGAGGACAGGGCCAAACAGCUCUGCUUCCUCCAUGCUGUCCCACGUCUGUGCUUCUCGGCACAGCAGCAGGGGUGGGACACUCUGGAGCCGCACUUCUCCAAAGCAGCCCUUGUGGAGAGCAUUGCGGAGCUGAUUGAAAAUCUGCCCAUGGUGUCUGAGCCGAGCUCCAUCGUCUCCAGCUCCAUGGCCGCGGUUUGCAGCCUCAGCAAACUGAAGCCACCACUUGCCCUGGAGCUGGAGUCACGCCUCCUGCGGGCUCUACUCUAUACCAUCUUCACCAUGGGCACUGGGCAGGACACCACUCACUUCCGGGCUCUGCACAACACGUAUUUAGAGAGCCUGGACUCCAUGCUCGGGGGCCUGCUGGCAGAGACCCCCACCACGGACAAGCUGCAGCACCUCUUGGAGCACCUCCAUUUCUGGCUCGACUCCAGAAACACCCAGGAGAGAGCUAGGGCCAUACGGAGCAGCGCUGCCCUGCUCCGAUUUGCCACCUCCCUCUCCGGAUUUGACACCUCCUCCGAUUUCCCCAAGGCGGGCAACUUUGUGCUGCAGCUGGGUCUCUGCAUCUCUGACCCAGCCGAUGACAUCAGCCGGCAAGCCAGGGAUGGGAUCUAUUGGCUGCAGAGGCUCCUGCUGCAGAGGAGGGGGCUGAACAUCAGAGAGGAGAGCGAUCUGUGGUGUCGGGACGGGCUCCAAGACACCGAGCGGCUGGCGUACAGGAACAUGGCCAGGGUGGGGGAGGUCUUUGGAGAGAUCUUCACGGAAGGCCAGAAAAGAUCUUUCCUCCAGGCAGCGCUUCUGGCCAUACAUGACCCCCAGCUCCAUGUCAGCCAGGCUGGGCUUGUGCUGACAUAUUCUAUCCUGGGGGAAGCCGGCCAGCUGAUCGGGAACGAGCAGGAGGACGUGACAGCGACGAUCAUGGCGCACCUGUUCUACAUCCGGUGCCUGCGCCAGGUGCCCAAAGCGCUGCAGGGGCUGUGCUCCGUGGGACAGCCUUGAAGGGCCCCCCCUUCCCAUGCCCAGAAGCUCCCACUCCCUGCCGCAGGAAGGGAGUCCCCCGAUUAGGGGUCUCUAGGGAUCCAGCUGAGCAGUGCCUAGGAGAACCUGUAAGUCAUCCUGGUUCCCGCCUGCAUGCACCACCCUGUCCUGCCCUGCCCUCCGGUUCUUCACUGUUGACUCUGGUUUGACCCUUGGCUCCGGUCUCUGAUUAUGACUUUGGCGUGAUCCUUCUUGGCUCCAGAUGUUGCCUGCCCAUCUUGAUUCCAUAUCUCCUUACCCUUCUUUAGCCCCGCUCCAGGCCCUCCACUGACCCGCUCCAGCAUUGCCUUCUCCUCCUGAUCUUCCCCAACCACUUGGACGUUGACUACCCGGCUUUGACCCUCGGCCUGUAUAUGGACUUUGGCUUGACAUUGACUUGGCUGAUCUUUGCUCUCUGACUACCGGGCUAUGACCUUUGGCAUGGAUUUAGACUCUGACCCUGGUUCUGCUUCUGCUUUGUUGAUGGACUCUGAUCUCGGUUUUGACCCUGGUGUGUCCCUGGACCUUGAUUCUAGCACCACUCUUAGCCUCGGCACAAUCCUGCACCUUGCUGCGACCUGCGCUCCAACCCCUGGGCAUCAUUAUCAGAUGCAGUACGUGACAUUAGGUGGUGAAACUUUUUGGAGAAAAGCAGGCUCUCCGCAAGUCAGUGGCCUGUAUGCAACAGGGACACACCACACCAGGUGUGAAACCAGGGCCUCACUACAUGAGCCUGGUCCGAUGAUGUCCCUGCUGGAGUUGCGCAAUGGAAAUGACUGAAAAUGUCGGGGUUCCUUGAACCAGCGUCUGCCCCUGGACCUACUCCACCUUCUUGACUCGGACACCCGGCAUUCCUGAUCAAUACCCGGAUUACAUGGAUACCUUUGAAAGAAAUGGGGACUCGUUGCCUCUGCACCGGGACUAUGACUGCCCUCUUGACCUGCAACCUUGGUUGAAAGUUGCCUUCACCAGUAUUUACACAUUGGUGGAACCAGAAUUAGUGGCUCUCCCUGCGUACAGGCCUGAAUACCGGUCCUAAGAGUUUAUGAGCAAAUCAGCGUUUCCCACGGGUGCCCAGGCCCUUUUGGGGAAGAAGAAAUGUGGGACUCUACUAUGUCUCUCUUUAGACAAUCAGCCCCUGAAAAAAAGGAUCGUUUGGAACCAUAACCCCCUGCUGGGAAUCCCACAAUUGUUGGCUCGCACGAAAUCUGCAAAGUUGUUCAUCAAACUUCAUCUGUGAGGAUUUCCAAUCUAACACUCAUUUGGGCAGGGGACAAAUGGAAGGCAGAUUUCAAAGCACACUAUGGACAUUUUAACUGUCAGACAUGCCAUUUGAGCUAACUAACAGUCCCCUGCCCUUGCAACACUUCAUCAGUGAUGUAUUUGGGGCCAUUGUGGAUCCGCACAGUGUCAUCUAUUCAGGUGACAGACUUCUUUUUUUUGAGAACCGAGAGCAGCAUGCGCACCACACCUGAACCUGGAGAGGUUUCGGCAGCAUGGUCUCAGCACAGAAUUGGAAAAGCGUACCUCCGGCCAACUCUCCACAGAGUUUUUGGGGUACGUCCUCUCCCCGGAAAAUGUUACGAUUGAUCCAAAUAAGGUGGAAGCCAUUCAUAGAUGGGACGAAGUUUGAAGUCCUCAAGAAGACCAUCGUUUCCUAGACUUCACCCACUUUACUGCUGCUUCGGCCCAGGCUUCUCAGAGCCAAUAACCCCCACGAGAGCUCUCCUCCACAUAAUGGCCACGUUCGUUUGGUCACCCAAGUUCCAAAAAGCCCGCAAACAGCUCACAACUACCUUCACUACUGCACCUAUUUGGAGGCUCAGCACUCAUCCUGGAAGUAGACGCAUCUAUUAUGACCACCAGGGCCUGCUUCAUUUGCUGGUGCCAGAUGUGUGCUGAAAUUCAGACUUAGCUUGACUGAGGUGACUUCUGCGCUUUCACCAAGGCACCACGCACCAAACUCCUUGGGAUUUCAGACCUCUGGAGACCCUGCCCUGGCCAUGGGCAGCCAUUGCCAGGAAUUUUACCGAAUCAAAUGGCCACAUGAUGGAACUGACUCUCAUAGAUCACCUGACCACGAUGGCGCGCUUCAUCCUCUUCUGAACAUGUACCGUCGAUUGAGAGGACAGAUCAGUUCUGAAUUUGCAAAGGCCAAUGAAACCUUUAUUUUGCUAAAUGUAGAUUUCCCACUGAUUUCAUGUCAUGCUACAAAUGACCUCUCCGAAAUUCCCAGCUAUCAACCUGGGUCAACAAAUCCAUCACAUGCAAGAAGAAUGAAGGGAGCCCCUUCAGGACACUAGGAAGGAGUUCAGAUACUGUAUGGACUGCUGAUGGCAAGAGGGAAGCCAUUUGCUGAAGGGAGGCUCUGGGAUCUGUCCAUGUCGCCAACAGCAAUGCAGCCUGCAGCUGGCCGGGCUUGGGGAGCCAUGACCUCAUCCUGUGAAAUCGAGAAGUACUGGCUCUCAGGGAUGCUUAGAUGGAAAACCACACACCCCACCCGGAGGUAGGAGCCACCCAUUCCCAGGUUGUCCUGAGGAGCCACAAUUCCUCCAGGAGCUGGGGAAGGGCACAGUGAUCAGUUUAUCUAAAGGAUUCCCACUGGCUGUUCCAAUCCAGGAUGAAAACUAUGCCACCGAAGUCUCACAGCACCUGGGCAAUGAAGUGCCACUUAAACCCGCUGUGAUGCACAGACCUUGCCCUGGCUGUCUGCCCAGGGCUGAAUUUCACCCAUUCAGAGUUUUUUAAAGGUGCGAAGCAGAUGCUACCCUGUAAUAAGAGGAAACAGAAGCAAAAACUGAAAGAAUGUUACUUAAACCAAUGAACAGAUGCAGAGAGUGGAAACACAGCAAAACAAACCAAUGAAUCCUGUGAGCAAAUAACCUGGAAGGAAAUGGGGGAGAAAACCUCAUCCGGGGAACAGGAUCCCCAAAGGAGGUGUGAGGAUCUUCGACUCUGAUGUCUGCAAGAAGGUUCAGCCACCUUCACAGGGUCGGACUAGCCAUCCAUUGCAGAGGUGAAGACCAGAUGGGAGCUGCUGGAUUGACCUUGAUAUGCCAUGUCCUUGGGUGAAUGAAGGACCUACAUCUCAGGGAUGGCCAGCAGCAGAUGUACCAUGUGUCCAGGAAUAGUCUGAACAACCUACACUGACAGAUCUCAGCCGCUCAGCAGAAUGCAGGAGAGCCGAGUGCUGAUGGGCUAGAGGGGUCACAGGAGUCACCGUGCAGCAGCUGUGGUGUCUGCAGUCAGCAUGGGCCAAACCCUGCGCUCCAGGCUGUUUCUCUGGAUUGCGAAGGGGAGUUUGGCUUGGGGAAUCGGUUGCUGGUGCCUGUGUCCGCAACUGGGAUGUUUUCAGGAGGCUACUCAAUGGUCCAUGAAGCGCCAUCCAAGCAAGUGGAGAAUGGACAUUAAAGAGCGAGGCUGGGACCUCCGCGGAGCUGCUGCAGUCCAGCAUCCACAGCCAGAAGAGAGACAAUGGGAAACGUACUGAGAUGGCUGGCCACAGCAGCAGCCGCCAUCUCAUAAACCUCUGCUCAUGCUCUGCACAACAGAGGCAGGACAAAGAGCCACACAGUGAGAGCCUGGGUUGCAAUGAGCAAUACACAGUUUUUCAGUAGAUUAUGCUGCCCUGACAGUCUACUUCCUGUAAUGUGCACAUCCAGCCUCCCAGGCUGCCCUCAGUGAGAAUUAGGUGCUCUGUGCCCACAGGACACGGCUGGCCUUACUAGGAGGUGAACUGAGGUGGCCACCUCAGGUGCCAGACUGUGGGGGGCGCCACUAGGACAGAGAGUGUAGAAAACUGUGUCUGCUGCUGGUGCAUGUGGAUUCUCUCUGCUCGAGAUGCACAGAGAGGGUGGAGUGCUGUGCUGGAGGAAGGAGGGCACAAGAGACAUAACAGGCAGGCAGGAGAAAAGGUGAGAGAGAAUCACAGAAAGCAGCAGGAGCUGCAGGGGGAGAGAGGAGGAGGAGCCUCUUAUGUACCUCUCUAGCAUGCCCAGGAGCCUGGACUGAUUAACCCCAGCUUCUCAGGGAGCUUCCUGUGUCCUGCUGCUUCCCUGAACCCACCUGAGGAGAACAGGAAGUCAGCUAAGGUAGUAGGAGCCAGUUAGGCCCUUAAGACGCUGAUAUCUUCCCUCACUCAGGCCCUGCUACCAGCCUGCUUAUUUGUCCCCUUCAAUUGAGUGUUGGGAGCCACUAUAGCUGGCACAGAACAUC